GCCUUGUUCCCAAAUCGAAGAAGAAGACACAAACGGUUUGGUUAAUGAGAUAAGCAUUGAAAGUUUUCUGCUUUUGUCAUAAAGGUUCUAACUUUCGAGAGAUGACGUCAUCAAAUUUGCUACUUGAUGCUCACUUCUUACACAUUCCAAAUCUGUCUCGUCUCAGUAAUGGAUUCCCCUUGUUAAACCCUUCAGAUUCGAAGAAAGAAACUGUUUUGAGAUACCGUGUCUUGCAGAGUAGUAGUAGUAGUAGUCUCUGCAUUGAACCUGUUGAUGACGUUUCAGUGAAACCGAGGAUGGUUUUCUCAUCUGAUGGACCAAUCACAGAGAACAAAGAAGCCACAAACAAUGACAUCCUCCACAGCCUCUGCAGCUACGGGAAGUUAACAGACGCUUGCAAACUCGUUGAAGUCAUGGCGCGUCACAACCAAGUUCCUCAUUUCCCUUCUUGCACUAACCUAGUCCGUGGCUUAGCCAGAAUUGAUCAAACGGAUAAAGCAAUGUGUAUACUGAGAAUCAUGGUGAUGUCUGGUGGAGUUCCGGAUACUAUAACCUACAACAUGGUCAUUGGUAACCUCUGCAAGAGAGGUGAUUUGAGAUCCGCUUUGGUACUAUUAGAAGACAUGAGUUUAAGUGGGAGCUCUCCUGAUGUGAUCACUUACAAUACUCUGAUUCGGUUUAUGUGUGAUAACGGGAACACAGAGGAUGCGAUUGAGUUUUGGAAAGAUCAGUUAAGGAAUGGUUGUCCUCCGUAUAUGAUUACUUUCACUGUAUUGGUUGAGCUUGUGUGUAGGUACUGUGGAAGUGUUAGAGCUAUGGAGGUGUUGGAAGACAUGGCGGUGGAAGGUUGUUAUCCUGAUAUUGUAACGUAUAACUCUCUGGUGAAUUAUAACUGUAGGAGAGGGAAGCUAGAGGAUGUGGCUUUGGUUAUUCAGCAUAUUGUGUCUCAUGGAGUGGAGCUGAACACUGUGACUUACAACACUCUUUUGCAUUCUCUUUGUUCUCAUGGGUACUGGGAUGAAGUUGAUGAGAUUUUGAGUAUCAUGUACAAGACUUCUUGCUCUCCAACGGUUAUCACUUACAACAUUCUGAUCAACGGUUUGUGUAAGGCAGGGCUUUUGUCUCGUGCGAUUGAUUUCUUCUACCAGAUGUUGGAACAGAGGUGUUUGCCUGAUAUUGUCACUUACAAUACAGUUCUUGGAGCAAUGUCUAAAGAGGGAAUGGUUAAUGAGGCGAUAGUGUUGCUUGGCUUGCUGAGAAAGACUAGGUGUUCUCCAGGGUUGAUUAGUUACAACUCUGUGAUCGAUGGUUUGGCUAAGAAGGGUAUGAUGGAGAAAGCGUUGGAGUUGUAUAAUCAGAUGGUGGAAGCUGGAGUGUGUCCUGAUGAUAUAACUCGUAGGUCUUUGAUUUAUGGUUUCUGCAGGGCGAAUCUAGUUGAAGAGGCGAGUCAGGUUUUGAAGGAGACUAGUAAUAGAGGGAAUGGGAUUAGAGGGAGUACUUAUAGGUUGGUGAUUCAAGGGCUGUGCAAGAAGGGAGAGAUGGAAAUGGCGGUGCAGGUUGUGGAGAUUAUGCUGACAAGUGGAUGUAAGCCAGAUGAGAGUAUAUAUGCUGCGAUUGUUAAAGGUGUGGAAGAGAUGGGAAUGGGAAGUGAGGCUGAUGAGUUGCAGAAGAAGCUUAGGCAGUGGAAACUCUUGAGAGAAGUGUAGAAAGCUUUGUUGGUUGGUUUUGUACAGGGAACAAGUUUUGCAAGUUUGAAAUGGUUUGAAUUAGUUUAGCUUUCUAGUAAGUUCCAGUGUCUUGUUAUGUUUCUUGGUCACUCUUUUGCAUUUCCUUUUUCCUUAACUGUAUUAUCUAUGCAGCUUCAGAUUUCAAGUCUUAAGUCAAUCAUAUGUUUAUAUACUUCAAAUUGAACAACAGACACAACCUUGCAAUGAUG